CUUCUUCGUUCCUCACCCUUCAAGCAGGCCAUCUCCAUCAGCGCACCAUUCAACUUUUAUCGCUGAUCGACUUUUAGUCUCGUCAAGAUGGUUCUCGCGGUCGACCUUCUCAACCCUACGCCUCAGGCCGAGGCCCGCAAGCACAAGCUCAAGCAACUUGUGCCUGCUCCCCGCUCCUUCUUCAUGGACGUCAAGUGCCCCGGCUGCUUCACCAUCACCACCGUUUUCUCCCACGCCCAGACCGUCGUCGUCUGCGCCGGCUGCUCGACCGUCCUCUGCCAGCCCACCGGUGGCAAGGCCCGUCUCACUGAGGGCUGCUCUUUCCGCAGAAAGUAGAUGUCACGACGCAACCAGGCUGGAGCGAUGAUGAAAGACAUGUGGCGUUUUUCGAUGGAUUAAUCUAAUCUUUUUUUUGAGCAACACUCAGAUAGAAGAUGGAGUCCUCGCCCCCUUGCGAGAAAACCCCUCAAAAAAUACAAAGGUUCGAAGGGAAAUGAGAAGUACCCAAGCAGGCGCAGCCAUUUCUAUACCAAGUUUCCACCAAAAAGCGUACAUGGAGGGAGUUCCGGAUAUCUGGCAAUGAUCGGUCCAUACUAUAUCAACCUUUGCCUCUUUUUUGACUACUAUCGAAACGUUGUUUGCUUUUAUUCUUGUUUAUGCUGUGGGAUCCGUACGACAUCAUCUUCUCCCGACACCUCUCCCGUCAUGGAAGGAUAUGACGGGUGGAUCCUACCAUGGGGCAUAUCUGCAUGAGCGUUGCCGGUUGAUUCACGUAUUCGGAUGUCAAGGGGAUUGAGUAUGGAUUCUCCCCUAUGACGAAGAUGAAUAGCUGGUUACUGGCAUUGCUAGGACGGCGGAUGUGACUACGGGUGAAACUUGGAUCCAGUCAGGCAGAUGGCGCUUGGUUUUGGCAGGAUGUAGAAAUACGGUCCUGUUGUAGGCUAGCCUAUCUGACCAGGACGUUCAAGCCGUGUACAUCCCUCGAUGCUAUGCAAUUGUAUUCAUGUUCCAGAUUA